AUGGUAGUUGAAGCUGUGAAAAAUAGUAGGAUUUCUCCAUUGCUGGUCGGACAGGACAACAUCGAAUUGUCUCACUUACAGUUUGCAUAUGACACCAUCUUGUUCUGUCCACGAGAUGAGGCUACUAUCAGAAAUUACAAGAGGCUUUUGCGGUGUUUUGAGGUGUUGUCUGGUUUGAGUAUUAAUUUUGAUAACUCCAGCUUAAUUCUAGUUAAUUGUGAUAGUGAGUGGUCGCAAAGAAUGUGUAAUUUAUUGGGGUGUAAAGAAGCAUCCCUGCCUAUUAAAUACCUUGGUGUUCCACUUGGAGCGAACCCAAGACUUGUCAAGACAUGGAAACUAAUUAUAGAUAAGGUGGAAGACAAACUCAGUUUGUGGAAAGCAAAAUCGUUAAACAAAGCUGGGAAAUUGAUACUUAUUAAAUCAGUACUUAAUAGUUUGCCAGUGUACUACCUGAGCUUGUACAAAAUGCCAAAACUAAUAGCAGAAAAGCUAAUUUCACUGCAGAUGAGAUUUUUGUGGAGCAAUGAAAAUGGCAAGCAUAGAAUACCUUUAGUGAAAUGGGAAAUAGUACAAGCUCCGAAAAAGUUAGGAAGUUUGGGAGUGGGGGAUGCAGUACUUCGAAAUACCGCACUGCUAUUCAAAUGGUGGUAG